CUCUUUUAUCCAUAAUUUAAUUUUGUGGCCGGAUUGGAACGCUUUUAAUGCGUCCAGCUGCAACUCAUAUAACUUCGUGCAUGAUUUCCUGCUUCUGGAUCAUCGUGAUAUGCUGGUGAUUGAUGCUGUCGCAUUAAAUGGUCAAUUACGCACUUGUAGUUUGCAAAUCCGAAGACCCCAUAACCGCGGACUGGACUCUUUGCAGAAGGAUGCUCCAAUUGAGAACAUCCCCCACUGGUAAUGGGGUGCUUCCUUUCCCGCCAGAGCUUCCUCUACCCCAGGAAGCGCAUUUCAUUAACAGCCGCUUCCUCUCUGCCUUUUUGCAGACCCUGAUUUGAAACACACACAAGUUCUGGUUAUUAAGUGUCCUUUUCCGUUAACGGUAUGUCACGCCCUGGCUCAUCUGUUUAUGAUACUCCAGCGGUGCACUUCUUGCCAGUGACUGCUUAGGAUUCAGUGACUGUCGAAUCACUGGUAUUUCAAAGAGUGAUUCGGGAACUGUUAUACUGCACAGGAUAUCCGAUCGAUACUUGUACAUGAUGAAUGCUAAUGUGAGGUGUUAAUCUUGAAAUAUAAUAAAAUGUGAUGUUUGAUGCUGACUAAAGAAAGGUCUUGUUAAACGAAUUCAGAGAGUAGCAUCUCUUGGAACUUAGAAGAAAAUGUGGUGGGAAAGUGCAGGGAUGGAAACGAAUAUAACUCUCUGGCAGUUCCUUUUGGAGUUGCUACUCAGCAAUCAAUAUACACACAUCAUCACAUGGACGAACAAUGACGGAGAAUUUAAGCUUCUCAAUGCAGAGGAGGUCGCUCGAUUAUGGGGCCUUCGUAAAAAUAAGCAUAACAUGAACUACGAUAAACUCUCUCGAGCACUGAGAUAUUAUUACGAUAAGAACAUCAUUCGAAAAGUGUUGGGACAGAAAUUUGUGUACCGAUUUGUGUCUUUCCCAGAAAUAGUGAAAACGGAAAACAAGAUCCCUUUUCAUGUGAAGAUGGAGACUAUAGGCAAAACCGCCACGCAGCAACCUCAGGCCUUCAGAACUUCCCCACCACCUCCUCAAGCUCACAGUGGCAGCCCUCACUAUCUGCCGAAACCUGAGCCUUUAUCACCCAGAGCAGCUAGUCUGUGGUUGAUGACAUCAAGGCAUCCAGCUGCUGUUCGCAGAGAAACAAAACGAUCUUUCAGUGAUGACGACGACGAUGCAUCUGGAUCCCUUCAGGAUCACGAUGAAGGAUCGUGUGACGGACCUCGGGAUUUGUCCACCAACGGAUCAUCUAAGAGGAUCAAGUCAGACCCUGAAACCGAUUCCUGUCAUUCACCUUCAGCUUCGUCUGGCAGUGGUAGCCCUGCUCCUUCCAUUGGUGGUAGUAGCACAGGGUCUGGCACAACUAUAUCCAUUCCUCGACCCAAGCCCAAGCCUCCACCGAUUGGACCCCUCAGCACCACAGCUUCAGGAAGCCUAAGCUCCCUUCAGACACCUAUCAUCAGCUUCGCUCCAAGCCCCUUCCUGGGUCAGAACAAGUCUCCUUUCGUGGUGCCUUUCUGGACCCCACUGCCCUUGCCCAGUCCAAGGGGUUAUUCUGCAUCAAGCACCUCGGGUACGCACUUCCAGUUUCCCACUACCCCUGUGGGUCUGCCCUACUCACCUCUCAGCCCUUUCCUGAGCCACAAUUUCCCACAUUUCGACCCCAGUAUACUGUUGACACCUGGAAAGUCUAUUCCUGUCCUGCAGUGAAGGGAUAGUUCCAAGAUGCCUCUGCACCAACUUUCCUGGCUGUGACAGACCAUCAAGCUCACCCAGCUUUUGUAUCUUGUGGAUUAUCUCAGUGUUGAACUCUAAAGGUAAAGAAAGUCAUGCACAACUCAGAGGACCAUGGGCCUAGCUUCUGUAUCGGUUCCUCUUUAAAGGGUCUUAUCUCGUAGAUUCGAUUUAAACGAAGCAUCUGUCCAUCCAUCGUCAUUUUGACAAAGCACAAUAAUCUUUGUUGGCGAUUCCAACUGUAUCUGUAAAACAUUUAUUUUCUGGAUCUAUUUUACAUGAUUGACAGUGCCUCGAAAGAUUACGGUAUACAAAACUGUGCCUUUGUUUCUUGCCACGUCCAAUAACUUUCACAGUUCUUUUGAGUAGCUAUUUUUUGAUUCGUUAACCAUUCUACAAAAGUUUCUAUUUUUGCCUCGCAACAAAACAGUUCAAGGCAUCUACUAUAAGUGGAAAAAAGAUGGUCGCGUCCAUCUCUCAUUCAUCAGAUUAGAACUGUUGACUGCUUUCCAGCUAACGAAACAGUAUUAUUCAAACAUGGAAUAUGUCGACAAAUCAAACCUGAAUGUACUAGAGCAAUGGAACUUUUAACUGUUUUGAGCUUUACUUUAUCAGAGCUUUCAGGAUCAAGAAAUUUUUUGGGAAAAAAAUUUUCUACUCUUAUUAACACGUGGGUCAAGAACUGUCAUCAUUCUGUGAUAAAAAUAAACAAAAAAAAUUAUUAACUAUUUUCAGCACUUUUUUUUACAUGGCCUCCGAAUAUUGGCAGGGGUGUUUGUUCUUCAGAGGAUUCUUUUUUUAAUGCUAGUCGAACUAGAUGGUAGGAUAAUAAGAACUUCAGAAAUAAGACAUUAGCCAGUUGAUAAUGCUUUAGUAAAGUGAAAAAAAAAAAAAAAGAAUGAUUAAUUAACUGAAGUUUCUUUU